AUGGCAUCGUUGGGCGAGGAUCUGCUCGUGACAGUGAACAAGCUCCAGGAUUUGGUGUUUAAUACCAUUGGAAAUGAUUCUCUAGAUCUGCCCCAAAUUGUCGUUGUUGGUUCGCAAUCAUCCGGAAAGUCUUCGGUCCUAGAGAAUAUAGUUGGGAGGGACUUCCUUCCCAGAGGCAGCGGAAUUGUCACUCGACGGCCGCUCAUUCUUCAACUUAUCAACGUUCCCAGUGAACGCGAUGAUAAACCCGAAUCCGAUGAGGUCCACAUCCCCCACACGGCCGCCAGUGUUGCCGGUCAACACGAAUGGGCCGAGUUUCACCACUUGCCAGGACGCAAGUUCGAUGACUUUGCGCAAGUGAAGCAAGAGAUCGAAGCGGAGACGGCAAGGAUUGCGGGAAGUAACAAAGGAAUCAACAGACAGCCCAUCAACCUGAAGAUCUUCUCGCCUCAUGUGCUGAACCUGACGCUGGUGGAUUUGCCCGGAUUGACAAAGGUACCCAUUGGCGACCAACCCUCCGAUAUCGAGAAACAAACGCGCACCCUGAUUCUGGAAUAUAUCGCCAAGCCGAACAGCAUAAUUCUUGCGGUCUCUCCAGCCAAUGUCGAUUUGGUCAACUCCGAGGCGCUGAAGCUCGCUCGCCAGGUGGAUGCCAUGGGCCGGAGGACAAUUGGUGUCCUAUCCAAGUUGGAUCUCAUGGAUCAUGGUACAAACGCCAUGGACAUCCUGUCCGGACGUGUGUAUCCAUUGAAGCUUGGUUUCAUUGGUGUUGUCAAUCGAUCACAGCAGGAUAUCCAGUCUGGCAAGUCUCUCUCUGACGCCUUGCGGGCUGAAUCGGAAUUUUUCAGACAUCACCCAGCUUAUCGAAACAUGGCGAACCGAUGCGGAACGCAUUUCUUGGCCAAGACAUUGAACACAACACUUAUGUCGCAUAUUCGAGACCGCCUGCCAGACAUUAAGGCUCGAUUGAAUACUCUUAUGGGUCAGACUCAACAGGAGCUGGCCAGCUAUGGAAACAAGCAGUUUAGCGGCGAAGAGCACCGUGGAUCAUUGAUUCUUCAACAGAUGACCAGAUUUGCUGCCUCAUUCAUCUCUUCUAUCGACGGAACUUCAUCGGAGAUCUCUACUAAGGAGCUUUGCGGCGGAGCUCGGAUUUACUACAUUUUCAACUCUGUCUUUGGAAACUCCCUAGAGACCAUCGACCCCACCCACAAUCUGACCGUUUCCGACAUCCGAACGGCCAUCCGCAACUCGACAGGUCCUCGUCCCAGUCUGUUUGUCCCCGAAUUAGCCUUUGAUUUGCUGGUCAAGCCCCAGAUCAAGCUCCUUGAAUCGCCUAGUCAGCGAUGCGUGGAACUGGUCUAUGAAGAACUCAUCAAGAUCUGUCACACAUGUGGCAACCAAGAACUCCUGCGAUUCCCCCGUCUCCAAGGAAAGCUGAUUGAGGUGGUAUCCGACCUUCUUCGUGAGCGCCUCGGGCCUUGCUCCAGCUAUGUGGAAUCUUUGAUCUCUAUUCAAAGAGCCUAUAUCAACACCAACCACCCUAACUUCCUCGGUGCCGCCGCCGCCAUGUCUUCCAUCAUCCAAAACAAGCAGGACGAAGAGAGGAAAGCUGUCCUGGCAGAGGAGAAGCGAAAGCGCGAGAAGCGCCGCCAAAAGGAACUGGGAGCUCCCAAUGGCACAGGAGGUCCUGACGAGGAAGAAGAAAAAAGCCUUCCUCAUCGAACGCAGUCCACUAAGGGCUCGCGGAGCUUGUCCCCUCACGUCGGUCGUGCGGGCGAGAAUGGCAUCGCUGCGACUCUGAAUGGCGCUCACUCCAACCAUGCCGGAUUUGGCGUUGGUUCAAACACUGCUCGUGAUUCCUUCCUUAACUACUUCUUCGGUAAGGAGGGCACACAAAACACAGCAAUCCCAUCAGCUGGCCUGGGCUCACACCGCUCGAACCCCUAUCCUACCGAACCUAGUAUCAGCCAGAGCAUUCGGCGUGCCGAGGUUAGGUCUCCGGUUGUACCAGUCGAGGAAUACACCGCACCCCCCGAGUUUGGUGGUGAUUUAUCUAACUUCCCCCAUGAGAACACCGAGCCCGCACUCACCGAUCGUGAAUUGCUCGAAUGCGAGCUCAUUCAGCGCUUGAUUUCAUCAUACUUUGCCAUCGUCCGGGAGACAAUUGCAGACCAAGUCCCGAAGGCAGUCAUGCAUCUUCUUGUCAACCACUGCAAGGAUGUUGUGCAGAACAGACUCGUCAGUGAACUCUAUAAAGAAGAUCUUUUCAGCGAGCUUCUCUAUGAAGAUGAUGGCAUCAAGGCCGAGAGAGAGAAGUGCGAGAAGCUAUUGGAGACAUACAAAGAAGCUGCCAAGAUUGUCGGGGAGGUGUUAUAG